AUGUACUAUUUUUUACCUUCAGAACUUAGUUCACCUCAAUGUGCGACUAAUAGGGCAGAAGAGCCAAAUAAUGAUAAUGCUAUAGAUAAUGGUGAGCUUGAUGAUGAUGAGCCGUAUAAUAAUGAGCUGGAUGGUGAUAAAAUGGAUAAUAAACCGGAUAGUAGUAAAAUAGAUGAUGAGCCAAAUGAUAGUGAAUUGGAAUAUUUGGACAAAAAUAUUAUAGACAUAGAUAGCUAUGAUAUUAUGAAUAUAGAUGUCUAUAAUAUUAUGGAUAUAAAUAGUUAUGAAGAAAUGCAGGCAAUCAAAAUUGAUUAA